CGCAGGACUAGCCGUUGGUGCGGCGGCGGCGGCGCAUGCGCCUGGCGGCGGCUCGCAGAGCCUGGGGCCGCCGGCACCAUGAUGUGGUUCGGGGGCUCCAUCCCGGCUGCUAUCGCCGCCGCCAAGCAGCGGAGCUCGGUCUUCGUCGUGUUCGUGUCAGGUGAGGAUGAACAAUCUACUGAGAUGGCUGCAAGGUGGGAAGAUGAGAAGGUGACUGAAGCUGCUUCAGAUGAUUUUGUUGCUAUUAAAAUCGACACCAAAAGUGAAGCAUGCCUGCAGUUUUCUCAAAUUUAUCCUGUAGUGUGUGUUCCAUCAAGUUUUUUUAUAGGAGACAAUGGAAUCCCUUUGGAAGUAAUUGCUGGCAGUGUUUCUGUUGAAGAGCUUGUUACCAGAAUCCGUAAAGUUAAACAGAUGCAUAGAGUAAAAGGGCAGCCUUUGGAAAAUGGAAGUCAGUCAUCUGCUCCCUGUCCCUCCUCUCAAUCUGAUGGUGCUUCAGAAAAUAUGCCAUCCAGACCAGUAGAGUGUUGUGCUUCUCCUGAAUCUGUUAUGUCUGAGACAAUAAGACCUUCAGCUGAUGAAGCAAAUUCAGGUCAAACAAGCCAGGAAGCAACUAAUUCUUUAGAUGAGCAAAUGAGCGAUGCUCAGCCUGUGAAUGAUCUUACACUCAAAGUAGAAAGAAUAACAAAAAAGCUUGAAGAAAGACGAGAAGAAAAAAGGAAAGAAGAAGAACAGAAAGAAAUUAAGAAAGAAAUUGAACGGAGAAAAACUGGUAAAGAAAUGUUGGAGUACAAAAGACGACAGGAAGAAGAAUUGACAAAACGUAUGUUAGAGGAAAGGAACAGAGAAAAGGCAGAAGAGAAGGCUGCAAGAGAACGUAUAAGACAACAGAUUGCAAUGGAUCGUGCCGAGAGAGCAGCUCGCUUCGCAAAAUCAAAGGAAGAAGCAGAAGCUGCAAAAGCUGCAGCUCUUCAGGCUAAGCAGGCUGAAAUAGAAGCCAGAAAAGAAGCAUCUCAAAAGGAGCGAAGUGCAAUAGCCAGGAUUCAGUUCCGCCUCCCAGAUGGAUCGUCCUUUACCAACCAGUUCCCAUCUGAAGCACGGCUGGAAGAAGCAAGGCAGUUUGCAGCACAGACAGUUGGUAAUGCUUACGGCAAUUUUUCACUGGCGACAAUGUUUCCCAGAAGGGAGUUUACCAAAGAUGAUUAUGGAAAGAAAUUACUGGAGCUCGAGUUAGCACCCAGUGCUUCAGUGGUGUUGCUGCCGGCGGGAAGACCUGCUACUUCUGUUGUUCAGGCUUCGGGCGGUGAUCUGUGGAAGUUCUUGGGUACAAUACUUUAUCCCCUCUUAGCAGUCUGGAGAUUCAUUAGCAACUUCCUGUUUACGAGUCCACCCCCCUCACAGUCUACUGUGAGAUCAGCUCAUCAGCAAGAGCAUUCAAAUCCUUCGGCCUCUGGCAGCAUUGAGCAAAGCAGGCAAGCAGUCAGGAAGCGAGUAGUGGAAAAGCGGGGAGAAGACUUCAAAAAAGAAGGCAAAAUAUAUAGACUGAGGACACAAGACGAUGGAGAAGAUGAAAACAAUACUUGGAAUGGAAAUUCUACACAACAAAUGUAGUUCUGAGUAACUGCAGUAAUCACUGUCUGGCUUUUUUAUUUUUAAUUUUUUUCUUUUCUUCUUUAAUCUAAGUCAACUAAAGCUUCUGGACAAGUGAGGCUUAUUUUACACUGACUGAAUUACUUAAUUUUUAUUCCUGCAGUGGAGUAUGGAAUAAAGUCACCUAAGUCAGAAAAAUCGAGUGGGUGUAGCUGAGUCCUAGAAGCAAAGAAUUAAAAAGACUGAAAAUCUCAAUCAGCUUUCAUAAUCAUUACCCUACUGCCAAUAGAAAGGCACUUUUUAAUCUAUAAAUAUUCUGCUACAUAAAUUUAAGGGCCAGAUAUUAAUAUAAAGGUCAUGGUAGGCAAUGACUGAUUAAAAUGAGGGUUUCAGAAGCACUAUAAGUAGCAAAUCAGGUAACUAAUUUAUGUUUAACUUUUUUCUUGCUUCUGCAGCUGCAAGCAAAACCUUGUAGUUUUUAAUUCCCCAAGCACUCAAUAAACUAUUUUCCAGAAAACG